UUCCUGGCUCUGACUGUCACCUGACCCCAGAGAGCCAAUACAGAUUUGUAGGGGGCAGGGCAGCCUUGUGUUGCAGGAAGGGAUCAGACUUGGUUAAGCUGGAAGCAGAGGCACGAUGUCUGAGCAAUGGGAGUACAUGCCUCAAGAUGUCCUCACACAAGUGUUCUAUUACCUGCCUAUUACCGAUAGAUGGGCUGUCUCCCAGGUCUGCCAGUCCUGGGCAUCGGCUGUGGCUUCAAACUCUGUCUGGCACUACACAGAAAUCUGCUGGAUAACAGAGGAUCAGCUACUGUCCCUAGAUGGCUUGCGAAAUUUCCUUGGUCAGAUUAGACAAUUGAAGAUUGUGUUUGACCAGUCCAAAGAAGCAAAUAGAAAUAAUGUCAUCCAGAUGCUUAAAGGUUUGGCCAAAGAGAGCAAAAGGUUACAGAGUCUGACCAUCAUGUGUUGUGGGGAGAACCCUUUAUUUUACUCUGGCUUAGAAAUUUUGGACAGCAUUAUGGAACUGUGCCGUAUGGACAGCAAGGUAGAUCUCCAUCACAUCGACUUAAGAAAUCUUCCAUUUACUCUCAGCGAUGGCUUUACAAGGCUCAUUGCUACAGGAAGUCCAAAUCUCCGUAGCUUGUACAUCAACAAUAGAACGUUGGUUUGCAAAGUGACUCCUGGCACUCUUUUAGAGGUCUUACAAAAGUGUCCCAAACUGACUGUUCUAGGUGCCUUUUGUUCCAGUCUCUCAGAAGAUGUAUUCCGAGAACUUAUGAAGCCAGAAAGACCACCCUUUAAACAUCUGGAUAUCUUAUGUAAACGUCUUGAUAAGUACCUCACUGCUAUUUCUAAUGAGGUUUGGGGAGAACUUUGUCAACACCAACCUUCUCUGUCUGUGGAUAUGGAGUUUGACCAUACUGUCCUUGCAUGGAAAAUUCUACGAAUCCUAAAGCCGAAUAUCCCUGUAUCUACAUUACAGCUCAACACUUGCAACGAAUUGACAAGACAACUAGCAUUUGUCAGUGAACACUAUGUGAAAACCCUCAGGAAGCUUGUGAUACAGACCACCUCCAAUAGUGGACUCAACUCAGCUUUGAUUGACAUAGCGACAAAGUGCCAUCAGCUGGAGGAAAUCCACUGCUACUGCGUAGUUAGCUCUGAUGUUUUUCAGGCUUUUCUAACACACUGUCCUUGUUUGAAGAAUUACACACUAAAAGUUGAUAAGGAAAGUUAUCCUUGGAAGGCAACCUAUUGUCAACCACCAUCUAAAAAAUUAUAGCUUAACACAAAUUUUAGAGACAAAAUGCCUUAUGUAAUAAAGAGUGCACAUUCUUGCUAAAUGUUAAAGUACUGUAUAUCAAAUGCCAAAACAAUUUUCUUAGCCAUCAUGCUCAGCCCAGUGCCCACCUAGCUUCACAAAUCCUCAUUUGCUGUGUUGCCCAUGUCUCUGUUUGGACACUCUGGCCUCAGUAACCCCUCGCACAUGGUGUUUCCACCAAAUGAAUGUACCUGUAGGUGCUAAUGUAUGCUAAUCCCCUGCUGAACUGAGUGCAUCGGCUGGAUGACAGGUUGUCGCCUGCUUUGCUUAUGCAGAGUGGACACCGACACAGCCCGCUCUGCUCUAUGGGUAGCCGGAUUUAAACAAUUGGACCAGAGGCACCUCUCUAAUUAGGCGGUCGCCUAAGGCCUCACACUCACAGGGGCCUCGCGGCCGCCUAAUUUGCCUGUGAUUAAUACUAAUGUCUGCGUCAUCAGAUCUCUCUAUGACCCCUCUCUCUUUCUCACCUUCCCCUCUCUCCCACCUCUUGCAUUGGCUGAAUAUGUCUGAUAGGUGAGGAGGGUGCCCUGGAAGUGGUGCUGAUCACCUGUAUGCUAGAUGCGUGCAUUUUCUGCGGCCAUUUUUCUUGUUUGAAUUAUUUUUCACAUUAUGGGCGUGAGUGGGGCCUCACGUCUAUGUUUUGCCUAAGGUCUCACAAAGCCUAGAGCUGCCUCUGAGUUGGACUGUCCGUUUACACCCGACUGCUUUCUGAUCCGGCCAGACAGACUGGAGCGGAUCCCUUACCAUUUUUUUUUUGGGCCCAGAGGUAGCCGGGUGUAAAAUUAACCCAAAUCCAUUUACAUCUGGCGCUCCAUUGAGGAAAAUAGAGGGUUUGAGCCGAUCGGACCGCUUAUGUGAAAAAGGCCUAAGUCAACGUUUUGUCCAUGUUACAUAUAUGAAUACAUACUCUCCAGCAUGACUCAUCUCAAAAGGUAUAAUAUAAUCUGCUCCUGAACUGCCCUCAAGUAACUAAAUUUGCAAAGUGUUUAUAUGACUGACAGGUGAUUUGAAGUACCUAGUAUAAAAUACUAUAUAUCUAUAUCAAAUA